AUGAGCCUCCGAAGAGCGGAGAGAGAGGUUUUGCUGACAGGGACGCAAGAGCCGAGGGGGCACAGCUGGAGCGGGCAGCAGCUGGAACAGCCCAAACGUCUGGUCUACAAAAAGCAUAUCAAACUGCUCAUGGAGAAAAGGCGACGGGACCGAAUCGUCCACUGUCUGAACCAGCUGAAGACCCUGCUCAUAGAUACCCCUGUCCAAGGUCACAAGCCUCUUCCUAAUUCUCGCAUGGACAAAGCAGCUGUCCUGGAAAUGGCCGUGCAGCGGAUCCAAACAUUGCAACAGGCAGCGGCAGAGGACAAGGCUUUCCAAACGGGCUACUCGUACUGUGCCUCUCUCGUUCAAGCCUUCCUCGUCUCCGAAACCCGGCAGCAGCCAGAGGCUUUCCCUCGAUCAGACUCUGCCUCCUUUUCCACCCGCGGGACCACCCCUCUGGCGACACCUCCACCGCCAUCGGAGGCGGAACGGAUCUCCUGCAGGAGUGAAGAUGCUCCAGGUUCUGCUGGCCUCAGAUGCUUGGCAAGAUCUGUCCCUCCCUCGGUCCUGAAAAAAGCAGGUCCUCAAUUCUUCUGGAGACCCUGGUCCACCUGAGUCUC